UAAAAAGACAACAGACCCAUUGUAUCAUUUCCCACACUCUUCCUCACAGCCCAGGAUUUGUGACUAAUAACUCCAGUCAUUUGUAUUUUCUGCUGUUUUUCUUUCUUGUAGAGAGGAAGGGAUAGGGAAUGAAUCAUAGUGGGUUUUCAUCUUGAACUUGACAAUGACUUUUGGCAAGCAGAUCAUUCUGGGCUUUCAUAAUGAUCUGCUUUUAAAUAGGAGCAGAUAGAAACUGGGGUCACUUUGGUCACCAGGAUUUUUCCAUCUUAGUGAUGGUGAAGACAGAAAACAGAAAGUACCAAGACCUCCCCAUUCCAGAGCAACUACAGCAAGCUCGACUCCUGCUUCGCUGCUGAGCCUCUUUUAUCUGCUGAAUCAGGUCACAGAAUCACCCUCAUGAUGAUGGAGAAGUUACAAGGCUCUGAUACUCCUGUAGCAGUCCUGGAAAAGAGCAAGAGAGAGAUCCUAAGGCAUACCAAGAGGGCAUGGACACCUCUGGAUGGCCAGCUGCUUCCUGGCUCUGAAGAAGAAAGCACAAUGGUCUCUAUGCACAUGCAAGAAAAUUCCAAACAGGAAAGUAUCCAGCAGUGGCUGGACUCUGGAUUCUUUGUCUCUGUAAAUGAAAACUUCCAGCAAGCCAUCAACCAUUCUGCUUCUUUGCAUGAACAAGGAAUGGUUCAAAUGACUGUGAAAGACUACAUGAGAUCUCUGCAUCACUUCUCAGAGACUCCUACCCUGUCUAGAGGGACUAGUUUCAACUCAUGCUAUUCCACCACAGGGGUACCACAAAGCAUUCCUGAAUGGCUGGAAUUUUGGGAAAAAGACCCAGUGGAGAUUCUCCUGGAUCUAGGCUUUGGUGCUGAUGAACCAGAUAUCUGCACACAAAUCCCAGCCAGAUUCCUUGGUUGCAGCUCAGCAGCCAGAGGAAUCAACAUGCGUGUUUUUCUUGAAGCACAGAAGCAGAGGAUGGACUUUGAGAACCCUGACUUGUACGGCCGGUUCCAACAGUUGGAAAUCUUGGAUCAUGUGACCAAUGCUUUCUCAUCUUUGUUGAAUGAUGUUAACACCCACCAGAGCCAAGCUGAAGAGAAAGCUGGAAGACAGGGUAUGCACAGCCCCACAUCCAGUGAUGCUAAAGAGCAUCAGCAAAGAAUGAGUAAACUUUUAAGAAGAACUUCAAGACAGAAUAUCAGGAGGGUUGGUAACCCAGCACUGUCAGAAUCAUUCAAGAUGGAAGAUGGGACUUCUACUCUGCCCACCAAGCCAUGGAAGCAUAGACUGGAAUUACAAGUGGCUUCCAUUAGCAAUGAUGGGAGUCAAGUGCCUCCUUCUACAGAGCAUGGUUCUCCCCAAUCCUGCAAUGAUUGGUUACCUUGUCUUCCUCCACAAGCUCUUCUGGACAAGCAGUGGCCUUGUUCAUCCUCCCUGGCAAAACAGUCUCCUCAGACCAAUGUGUCUGAGGGAUCAGUUAGGAGAAAAACUUGGAAGGAGAAGUGGAUUCACAUGGACAAGCUUAAGAACUUGUCUCACAUUGUGAGUAAAGGACCAGACUCCUUUGAAAUGGAAGAGGUCCAAAGCUUUGAAGAGGACACUGGCAACCCUAUUAACCCGAUUUCAGGAAUUGUAGGCACCCGAGUGGACAGAACCAACAGCUGUCAGUCAGACAGCAGUGGGUUUUUGGAGGAGCUGCCAGAGCCCCAUCCCCUCCAGGUGUCUUCCUUGCCAGGCAGCCAGAGUCCCACUGAGGGUAGAGGUAGCAAAUCGAGGGAUCAGAGUCAUAGCCCAGCACCAUGGCAGGACUGUCAGCAAGAGUCCAAUGGCUCUGAAACCAAGAGCAUGAUGAGCUCAUCUUUGUCAAGCCAUGAUAGGAGUAUAUUGGAAGGAAAGUUCUCAGCAUCUGUGGAGGAGGAGGAGCUUCAACUUGAGGCUAAGAAGGAGCUACCAGAGAUACUCACCCCAGAUACGACCCUCACCAAGACCAUGAUGGUGGGAGAAUACCCAGGGAGUCUUGUUGGAACUGUAGUCACUUCUACAUGGAAUAACACAAUGGGGAUCAUGGUGGCUCCUGUCACAGAAAAGGAAGACAGGUCUCUGAGGCAUAAGGGUACUGGGGAAAUGUUGAUACAAAGGCACCACUUUGAGUCGCCAAGGUCAUCCGGGAUUGAUCAGACUCCAGACAGUUUCUAUCUCGUGGACUCUGAGAUCCCAGGAACAGAGGACAGCAGCAAGGUCUACCCUGACACCAGGCAAAGCUCAGUGGUGCAGGAGAAGCUAGCACAGCACUCUCAGCAGCACAGAGGAGCCACGCCCUAUAAAGGUGACCUUGUUCAAAACUCUGAUAAGUCAGUUCCCCACCUUGAGAAGCCACCUGGAGAUGCUCCCACUGACUCAAAUGCUGCCAGCUCUUGGUCUGUGUCAACCCAGAUGUCCUCCAAUCUGGUGUCAGCUGCUCAGAGUGUUGCAGAUUUGGGGACCUACUAUAAAGGAACAGCUUUAGAUUGCAGUCCAUGUCACCCUGUUAAUACCACAGACCUGAGAGUGCAGACAGAAGCAAAGCAGGUCAAUGAUGUUGCUGUUCAGACUUACGCAUAUGAAUGCAAACCCAGGGCCUCACAUAAGGCCUUAAUUCAUAGACCCUGGCCCCUCACCAAAUCCAUCUCUUUGGACACAGGUUUUUCUAGCACCUCCCCAACAGGCCUCUGCCACACCACACCUGCCCACUGUUGUGUCUGCUGUCAUCACUGUCCCAAUUGCCAGGGAAGGAGGCAAAGCCCUGGCCCAGAACCCUCUAUUUGCAGGCAUUUCCUGUACUCACAUGCAGAGGAUCCUGAAGCCCGGUUCACGAAGACAUUGAAAAUACUUCAGGACACUACUGUGAGGGACUUGUGUUCUUGCACAGUCUAUGAGAUGGAAACCAUGAAGAUGGUGUGCCAGAGUUUCCAGGAGCACUUAGAGGAAAUUGAACAGCACUUCAUGGGACAGCAGGCACUCUUUCCCAGGGACAUGUCAGAAGAGGAAAGGGAAGAGGCUGAGGACCUGAGGACUUUGCGAGCGGCCCUGAGGCAGCAGGUGGCAGAGCUGGCGUUUCAGUUAGGAGACCGGGCCAGGCAGAUCAAAGAGGGUGUCCUACUGCAGCUAGACCUUCUCUCAGAGGAGCUGCCUGAACACUGUGCAAAUCUGCAGCAAUGCAACUGGACAGAGGGAGAGCACGGCCAGAGUUCAUGUGUUCAAACCCACACUGUGGCCCCUGAGCCUGCCCUGCCUGCCAGCAAUGGGCAGCAGAUUCCCUGCUCGGGGGUGACUCAGCUGGUUGCUCUUUGUCCCUCUGACCGUGAGACCAGACGAAGGAUGUCUCUACAGUCACCAGCUAUGACAGAGUCAGGUCCGGGUCCUUCAUCAAGUAGUACUGUAGAGUAAUCUCUGCUAGACCAGAGAGUUUGAUGACCUUUGUACAAAAUGGAAGAUCCCAGAACAGCUGUAACAAAGGAAUCUGAUUCCUAUGUACCCUUCUAUUCUAUGAUUAAACUCAGAAUAUUUUAAUAUUCAUUGAUUACAUAAUAAGGAGUCACCCGGUAUGUGCCUGACUGGGGUAUAUUAUAGUCAUUGAGUAGCAUAUGGCCUUUACCCUGAGAAAGCAUGUGUCCUAGUGGAAGAGACUGAAUAUAAACACACAUAUGUAUCUAUAAUUAAAGUCAAGAAGAACGGCCUCUACCCUGAGAGAGCAUGUGUCCUAGUGGAGGCGGCCGAAUAUAAACACACAUAUGUGUAUAAUUAAAAAGCAAGAAAAAGACAAUGUGACCUUAUUUUAUGACAGAUAAGUAUCUGAGUCUGCUCAGGCACCCGGAAGGCAUGUUCAGAGAUGUGAUACUGCUGAUGCUGGAGGCAGCUGUGAGCAAGACAGAAUGUCUGUGCAUCAAGAGUUGGAUAAAGUGAGAGAAACAACAAAUAAAUACCAUUUCCAUAUAGUUUGUGGAGGAGUCACCAUGCGACAUGGGAGGGAAGUGCCCUGGGGACCUCAUCAAAGGGAGCUAUUAGGAAAGACUUGAAGGUAAGAAGAUAGAAGCCCUAGAGAAUUCAUGUUCAAAAGACUGGAAAGCAGAAGAGAGGAAGGUUCACAGGCUGGUAUGUAGAAACACUAUUUUGCCAACUGUGGUAGGUGAUAGUGAGGACCUAAGUGAGGACCCUGACUCCCUCCAGGCCGUGGUCAGGAGUCUAAGGGCAUGUAUUCUUGCAAGUGCAACAGAAAGCCUCCAUAAGUGUUAAACAUGGAUUUCAUAGGGUCUUAGCUACCUUUUAUAAUCACAAAAAGAUACCACCAUGGAACCUAUGGAGAGGUGAGGCUGCUGGCUAUAAACCUAUGGCUUACAGUUGUCCCUCAAGUCAAAAGUUGUCCAGCUGUUUCCAUCCAGCUGUGGGAACAGCAUGGCUCCUACUACAGGGAAAACGCAUGGAGGUAGAUAUGAAAGCCAAGGGAUGACUAGAAUCAAGAAUAGAUGAAAAAUGAAAUAGUGAGAAAUAGCAUCAUAAGAACUCCUGAGGGAAGCUUCUUGUUUGUAUGAGAGGAUGAGUAAGCAGAGGGCACUUCCUAGCUAGGAACCCAAGACAAUAUUCCUUUGGAAACUGUCUACUAGCCUGUUUCAUUCCUUAUCUUCCUGCUUUGGUUGCUAUGACUCCAGUGAGGCUCUGAUUUCCAGGGACCAUGCACUGUCUCUCCUGCUGUACCUCCCUAGAAUGUGGACAUCUCCAUUCACACAUCUUCUUCAGCAUCCAUAUGCACCAUAUGUAUGACCCCAGCGCCAACCCCUUCUAAACCCCAGUCUUCCAUCCUCCUACCACACACACUCAGAUGAACCCAUCUGCCUUGUCCCCGUGUGGCCUUUACUGGCACCUCGGUAUCAGUCACUGCAUCACUGCUGUUUCCUCAUAGCCUGGUGACAGCACAAGGCAUGAGCCUUUGACAUGCCUUGAGCUUCCCUCUCUCUGAGAUGCCUCGGCAACUGACAAACUGUCUCCGCCGGCACCAAUAGGGUCAUGGUUCCUAGACUCAGGGAGAGAACCUAAGAAGUAAUAUGUCAGAUAACUAAGAGAGUCAUCUCAAGACUAUGAUCCCAGAGCAGUCUGCUGCCAAAAUGUUGCUCCAGCCAGGAAUCACUAUGCCCUUUCCUUUCUGCUGCUGCCUUGCUUUCCUGGACCACACCCCUACUCUGGUUCCCACGGUAUGAUGCAACUUCCAGCUGCAAACUGGCUCCUAAUUGCUUUUGUACAUCCUAAGUUUCUUCCUUUUCUAGACUGUCAACAUUUGUCUUGGUUCAGACUUGAGCUGCCUUUGCCUGCAGCCUUUGAGCCUGUGGUUCCUGCCUGUUCUUCACUGGACUGCCUACUACCUGCUUGAUGGCCUCAUGCCCUACUUUGUUCUCAUGUCAAUCUGAAAUGCUUGUCCUUUGGACUACUUUGUAUAUCCCUACAUUCCUUCACAUCACAGACUCUGAAUGUACAGAUUCAACUAACAGCUCUGCGAUAUUCAGAAAACAAUCGCAUAUGCAUUAUAGACAUUGCUCUUGCCAUCCUUCAACUAUUUUGUAACAUAUUUUAUUAGGCACUACAAAUAAUCUAGGGAUGAUUUAAAGUGUUCAAAGUAUGCAGAUGUGUAUGUUUUCUGCAAACACUCUAUUGUGUAACAUAAGGCUUGUUGGACAGAAUAAAUGCAGUAAAUUGGUUGCAGUAAUUAACACAAUAUCCCUCAGAGACUAAAUGCUCAAUAUAUGUUGGCUAUUGUUGAUGCAAAGACGAACACAUCAGUAAGUCCAAUGUGAUCAUUACCUUCUUUCUGUUGAGAAGGAUUCUGUGAGCAAAGCAGCUUACCCUGGAAGAAUAUUAACAAAUGCCUGAGGAAUAGAUGAGCAGAAUAAAGUAGCACUCUCAAGAGACAGAGAAGCGGAUGAUCUCACCACAGAAGCAACACCAUUUCAAGCUGUAGGAGGAGCUAAGCUUGCACUUAAAAGGGAUUUGUGUGUGGAUCAUUUUAACCUCCAGGAAAGAUGACUUCAGAUGUGAAGGAGGAGACAGAGACCCACUGCUUGAAUGAAGAAUGGCAAAUGAAAUCCCCAAAGAGCUCUACAUAGUAAAUGGCAGACCCCAGCUCUCCAACAAGGAAGAUAAAAGUGAACAAAAAAAUGUAGAAACACUUCUAUGUCCCACCCAGAACUUUUACUGUCUUUAAUGACUGAUGGGCUGAUUGCGAAAUGUCACCUGGAAUUCCAGUUCUCAGACUCAGACUGAUUGUAAUCACUGACUUUCCUGGUUCAUGUGAUAAACAUCUUAUCUCCAGUUGGUUCUGUUUUUCUGGAUGACUCUGGUAGUGAGGAAGAAGAGCUCAAAGACCAAAAGCUUGACUUAUAAAAAGGUAUGCUGAGUGCUGGGUUUGUUAAUAAGAAGCAACUGAACUCUGGCAAUAAACCCGAGGUUUGAUCCAAUUUCACAACUAAUUAUUUGUAUUUAAUAAACUGAGCUCUGUAGAUCUCAAGGUCAUCAUCUACAAUUAACACAGAGAAUGCUUAUUCAGCCCUUUAGCUGGAGCCUGGAAUGAUGCCAAGGCUCAGUAAGUAAAUACAGUGUUUGUCAUUAGCAGGAGUAGAUGCCAAUGCUUGGCCAUCUUACCCUUAGCUAAGUGCUGCACCAAGUACUCUAUGUGUCUUGUCACAUAUCUCCACAACAAAACUCCAGAGCAGAAACUCACCUAUGCAUAACACACACACACACACACACACACACACACACACACGCACGCAUGCACGCACGCACGCACGCACGCACGCACGCGUACACACAUACACACACCAAAACUAAACUAUCUGAGGUUUGGGGUCUAGUAGGGUGUAGUUUGAAGUUUUCAUCCCACAGCAGUAGGGGAUUAAAUUGACACUGGUCCACUGAUUUUUCUAAAACGAAAUAUAUUAAAACUGUCAAGCCUUGGGGCUUAUGUGGAGCUUACUAAUAGGCCCAACUCAACCAGAGUAACUCUUUUUCUGUCUGUAUUCUGCAUUGAGUUUGGCAAAAAUCUUACUUCAGGCAAAUACUCACUGCUUAGAAGAGCUUGAAAAACUUAACAUACUGACCACAUUUGACUUUUGUAAACAGAUAGUGUCUGUUGCUUUUGUAUAAAAUGUUUUCUACUACACAGAAAUCCUUUUGUACCUACCACUUUAGCAACUUUUAGCUCUUAACUGCUGUCAUACCAUCAAGAUAAACAAGAAUUCCUUUGCAUUUCCUGAAUGAUGCCAAGCUCUGUUUCCUUUUUUUUUUUUAAUGUAUGUUGAUAUUGUCCAAGUUAAUUCUUGAGGAGAUCUUAGAUCGUGUGUUUAUAAAUAGAAAUAAAAAUAGAGAAAUUACCUUCAGGAAGUGGGUAAACACACACACACACACACACACACAACACACAACACACACACACACACACACACACAGACAUCUUUUACAUGAAGCUGAAGCUACUUGUUUAACUAAAAAAGAAGGAAAGAGUAAACAGACUUCAAGUUUAGAAAUUUGCCAGGGAACAACUUGGCCUUUUCUGUGGCAUAUUCCAGGGAUCUUCCUCCUGUGGAUUUUACCCCCUCCAGAUUUCAGGAGUCAAAGCCAAAAGCCUUGAUUAGAGGGGCUCAUUUCAGAAAUAACACUUGGAAUUCAAGUCACAUAUUUUCUUUGGUUUUUGUUCUGCAUGAGUGAAGACCUAAGUUGCAUGAUGGAGACAAAGAAAACAACCUUGAAGGUUGUUCUGAUCUAUAGCUUAUGCCAAGACCACAAAGAUUCGCGUAAAGAAAUUCACGUUUGGUGCACAGAAAAAUAUUCUCCAGAAGCAUGUUCCACAAGACUUUGUGUAUUGAACAGAUCUUUCUUAGUUCUGUUUUCUUUCUUUCUGUAGAGCUAAACCUUAGAUUUCCUCAAAAGAAAAUAAUUUUGCUAACAUUGAAAAAUGAAGCUGAAAGAUUCUAGUGAUAAGAGAAUUUACUCUUGAAUGACUCAUUCUUUGUUGAGGUAGUAAUUGGUUCCUGUGAGAUGAAAUGGAAUAAAAUAGGACAUUUAUAAAGA